AUGGCGGCGGCGGCCGGCCCUGCUGGGGAGGAGUAUUGGGUCCUUCCCUCUGAAAUUGAAGUGUUAGAGUCUAUCUAUCUGGAUGAAUUACAGGUGGUUAAAGGAAAUGAAAGAUCUUCAUGGGAAAUUUAUAUAACCCUCCACCCUGCUACUGCAGAGGACCAAGACUCACAAUACGUCUGCUUCACUCUGGUGCUUCAGGUCCCAGCAGAGUAUCCCAAUGAAGUGCCACAGAUUUCUAUCCGUAACCCCCGAGGACUCUCAGAUGAACAGAUCCACACGAUCACCCAGACGCUGAGCCAUGUGGCCAAGGCCAGUCUGGGCACCGCCAUGCUCUAUGAACUCAUUGAGAAAGGGAAAGAAAUUCUCACCGAUAACAACAUUCCCCACGGCCACUGUGUCAUCUGCCUGUAUGGUUUCCAGGAGAAGGAGGCCUUUACCAAAACACCCUGUUACCACUACUUCCACUGCCACUGUCUUGCUCGGUACAUCCAGCACAUGGAGCAAGAGCUGAAAGCCCAAGAGCAGGAGGAGGAACGGCAGCAUGCGACAACCCGACAGGAGGCAGUUGGUGUGCAAUGUCCAGUGUGCAGAGAGCCCCUUGUGUACGAUCUUGCCACACUGGAAGCAGCUCCUGAACCCCAGCAGCCUAUGGAGCUGUACCAGCCUGAUGCAGAGAGCUUGCGCCAACAAGAAGAGCGUAAGCGGCUCUACCAGAGGCAGCAGGAACGAGGUGGCAUCAUUGACCUUGAGGCUGAGCGUAACCGGUUCUUCAUUAGCCUCCAGCAGACUCCUGCCCCUUUGGAACCUGAAUCAGCUGUAGAUGUCUCUGGAGGAUCCCACCCACCCGGUGCCCUUACCACAGAACUGUCCACCUCAUCAGCUGCCCAACCCACCCUAUCAACUCUUCUUCCUGUGGCCUCUCAACACACAAAAGAGAAGACUGCAGGGGCUGGGCCCAAUCAGAAGUUGGGCAAGAAAACAAUGCCAGAUCCUUCUCGGGCUCGUAGAGAUCCCUGGCGACUGCCCAAGCAGCAGCACCCGAAGGGAGGGGAGUCCUGUGCUCCCAAAAGUACCAACUGCGCUCAGGAACUGCCUCCCCCUGAGGGGCCCUGCAAGGAGUCCUGUGCUCUCAAAAGUACCAGCUGUUCUCAGGAACUGCCCCCUCCUGAGGGGCCUUUCAAGAACCCCUUGAACAAAGGGGUUCAAGGUUCUCCCCAAGAGAAGGGACCUGGCACUCGGCAGGGCCCCCAGCCCCGCAGGACUCGGGACUGUGCUCGCUGGGAACGGUCCAGAGGUCGGACCCCAGGUUCCUCCUACCCCCGCCUGCCUCGGGGUCGGGGAGUGUACAGGCCUGGUGGUCGAAGAGAACACCUUGGCUUGGAACCUGAGGAUGGUUCCUAG